AGCUACUUUCGUCUGAGUUCGGCGUUUCUCGCUCUCGGCCCUCGCGCUUGCGUACUACGGCUCGUUCGUGUCACCACGGCCCGGAUCGGGAAGUGUCAAGUGGGAACCAGGUUCCCCCGCCUUUGCAGCCUCUACAGCUGAACCCGGACCCCUCACCCGGGCCGGGCACUACCACCAUGACGAACGUGUAUUCCUUGGAUGGGAUUCUGGUGUUUGGUCUGCUCUUUGUUUGUACCUGUGCCUACUUCAAGAAAGUACCUCGUCUCAAAACCUGGCUGCUUUCAGAGAAGAAGGGAGUUUGGGGUGUAUUUUACAAAGCUGCUGUGAUUGGAACCCGGCUGCAUGCUGCUGUUGCAAUUGCCUGCAUCGUAAUGGCCUUUUACGUCCUGUUUAUCAAAUGAAUUCCAAACCAUCCAGCUCAUCAGCUGCCAACCCAGGGGAUAAAGAUGAAGAACUUGUCGGAAACCUGGACCCAGCAUAGGAGAGUCGAGCUAAAAUCAUCAGUGUCCCCAGGAUGACACUGAAGCGUCUGCCUGCCACAUGUGGGGAAAACUCAUGGUCACAAACAUUUUUGCUUCAGGGGAUUCCAGAAAGCCAACCUUUUUUGAUCUCUGCAUUAAUCAGCUCCCAGCAGCAAGUCUGUAUAUCCAGAUAAAUUACAUCGCCCCCAUCGAUAUGAUUAUGUAUCUCCUGCUUAGAACCCAGACUGGGCGGUAGCUCAAUGGUAGAGCAUUUGGUUAGUAUUGACACAAUCUUGGGUUCACUCUAGCAUUGAUAAAACUAGCUACAGCUGGUCAUCGGCUUUGCUCUCUAGCCCAUCAUCAGAAUCUCUGAAAACUGUGGCUCACGGGGGGGAAUGAUACAGGCUUUGUUCAGACUUCCCAGAUUAAAGAGAGGCACUCUACAUAGCCUUGGCUGUCCUAGAACUCAAUGUAGAGCAGGCUAGCCUCAAAUUCACAGAGAGCCGCCUGCCUCUGCCUCCUGAAUUAAAGGCAUGUGCCAGGAAAUACUUUUUAAGGCUUCAUUUUUUUCAUUGGCUACUUUUGAUCUGAUGAAUUGGUGAGAGAGUGGGGUUGGAUGAGAACUAGGAGUUAUGAGAGGCAAAAAAAUCGUUUGGCUUUGGAAAUGUGUUCUUUCUGUGCAUCUGGGGGCUUAAGAGGGGGUGGUUCUCAUUGCAGAGAGAACAGACUGCCACAUUCUGGCAGCUUGAGGGUUCCCCAGAGAACCUGAGUGCUUGUGAAAUCCAGGGUUAUCGGUAAGAAGCAGCGAGUGGGCCAAGGCAGCUUACCAGUGUCCCCAGAGAAGACUUCAGUCAGCCGACUGAUGUAGAGAAAAUGAACCAACUCUUGCUAUUUCCUAAAGCUUUUUAAACACUUUCUAAAUUACCUAGUGCUAAAUACUGUUACUCAGUUUUAAAUAUGAAUGCUGGGGGAGGGGACUAUUGAAAAAAAUCAUUGAUUAAUAUAUUUGAAGUUCGGGUAGAAGAGAAGUAAAUUAGUACAUCAAUUCAUAUACUAGUAAGUUCAUCUAGUAUAAGAAUUUAUUGCCAUAAAAAUGUAUGUAGAUGGGGGUUUUGUCAUAAGAGAUCCAAGCUUGUUCUUCAGUCUGGGAUACAGCGAUUUUAGUUGUCUCUGCCAACUCUUAGUGUUGUUCAUGCUGCAGUAUUUCCCUCUCUGUCAGACCAUGAGAAACUGGAAUGAGAAAAGUCACUGACACUAGCAUUUGUUCAGCCUGGAGAAUUCAUUAAUAAAAUGAGUGUGUUUCUGAGGAAAGAAAAAUGAAGCUUUGCCCCUGAGUGCUGAGGGCUUUUCCAUGGGGUGUAAGAAUUGUGAGCAGGUGAUGUCAGAUGACUCAAUGUUUGAAGGGAAGAUUUCUCCAUUCCCCCUAUGCCUGCACAAGAAUCAGCUGGUAAAUGUGAAGUCUGCAACAGUGGAACAAAAAGUAGGUCUAACAUACACACGAGCACACACAUAUUCAAUCGUGUGUCAUAAAGCUUAACAGGACAAGUAUAGGGGCUCACUCCCAGGAGAAGUGUAAUUCUCUGCUGUCCGUAUACUGCACCAGAACAAAGGCUGCUUGGAAGCACAGGUCCCGGUGUAGACGAGUGCUGUGAGGGUUUGCAGCAGGUUAGAAAGUCACCAAGUACACACUACCGCAUGUGUGAGCCUCUCUAGGAAUUGGUCCACAGGCAAAUUGCAAUUAUUGCUGUUUUCUGGUCAUUCCUAAGGAUCCUUCCUCAGGAGAGAGAAAAUUUUAAUGGGGCUAGAGAGAUCUUGUGGGUGGGAGUUUGGGACCUGUUGACCAACUGGGUGUCCCUUGGGAAGUAGGCACAACACUAGUUACUUUGUAUUUGAUGGCUUGUUCUCAAACAGGGCUGGCUUCUCCACUGUGCUCUAGAACCAGCUUCACUCCCUAAACAGCUUUCCUUCUGCGGCUUCCGUCAUGGGUCCUCUGGGCCUAAAUGUUCUGCAUUGUUAUAUUUUGAGAUGUUUUCUUAUCAGAAUGUAUCAAAAAGUACAGGAAGAAGCAAAUGGCCGACUUCAUUUUUGACCUUAUGUAAUUAGGUAAAUAGAAACCUGGCGUACUUAUUUAGGCUGCGUUUCACUUUUGGCAAAGAAGAAAAUGAUAAAGUGUUGUAGAGGUCCUUCAGGGGUGGUAUGAGGGUAGCACUAUUACUCAGAUUCAAGCUGGAUCCACCCUGUGCCAGGGCUGGAGGAAAUCAGCCCCUUUUUUAUAGUGGAAUCAGCUGCUUUUUUAUUCACCAUUGUUGGCACAAUCCUUGAAAAUAAACUUUUCUCCCUGUGGUUUUUG